AUGGUAUCCUCAACUGAAGAGAAAUGUUCCAGCAUUUGUCCCUUUAAUGAUUCUUUCGAUCUUGAUACGCCCAUUGAAGAAAUCAUCAUGAAGGUUCUAACUCGUGAUGGACCUAGUGAUGGAGUUUGUCUUACUGGUGACAAAUGGAUUAUGAACGGAACACAAUUUGGUCUUCCCUCAAAAUGCAUUUGCUAUAAUAUUCCGAAAGGGACAGACAUGAUUCCUUUCGAUCUUGAUACGCCCAUUGAAGAAAUCAUCAUGAAGGUUCUAACUCGUGAUGGACCUAGUGAUGGAGUUUGUCUUACUGGUGACAAAUGGAUUAUGAAUGGAACACAAUUUGGUUUCCCCUCAAAAUGUUUUUGCUUUUAUAUCCCGAAAGGAGCAGAAAAUGGACAAAAAUGCCCCAACCAUUCAAAGGCAUCCGUUAAAGAGACUCUUGCAGAAAGCUGGAUAAGGAAUUAUGAACUGCACAAGAAUGAGGCACCUGAAGACGGUUGGUGUCUCGAAGGAACAACUAAAUGGAUUAUAGAAUCAUCUGUUGUAAAUAUUCCAAGAGAUGUUUGCCUAUGCGUGGAUGGUUAUAAUUGGUACGGACCGUACAACGUAUAG